GAACACCCAGAUAUGCCGGAACAACGAGGAGGUGUACAGAGUGAGCCUGCAGAAUGUAAGACGUUACUACAAUCAGAGUGGAGGGUUUCACUCCCUGCAGUGGAUGUACGGCUGUGAGCUGAGGGAGGACGGGAGCAAAGGAUGGUAUCAACAGGAGGCCUACGAUGGGAGGGACUACAUCGCCCUCGACAAGGAGACCCUCACCUGGACGGCACUUGAUCCCACGGCCCAGAUCACCAAAGAGAAGUGGGAGAAGAAUCCCGCCUACGCCCAGAGAAAAAAGGAGUACCUGGAGGAGAUUUGCAUCAAGUGGCUGCAGAGACACCUGGAGUACGGGAAGGAGAGUCUGCUCAGGAGAGAUCGUCCUGUGGGGAAGGUGACACGGAAGGAGGGCUACGACAACAGGGAGACCCUCGUCUGCCAGGCUUACGGCUUCUACCCCAAGGAGAUUGACGUCACUUGGAGGAAGGAGGGAGAGGUCUUGCAGGAAGGCACUUUCCACAGGAGCGUGGCCCCCUACCUGGACGGGACCUACCACGCCUGGCUCAGCAUCGAGAUCGACCCCAAGGAGAGAGACCAGUACCGGUGCCACGUGGACCAUGCCAGCCUGGGGGAGCCUCUGGUCUUGGCUUGGGAGGCGCCUGCUUCCAACUUGGGCCUCAUUAUUGGGUGUAUCAUUGUGGCUCUUUUCCUGAUCAUGGCUGGGAUUGCUGGCGCCUGGGUCUACAACAAGAAACGACAAGAAGGCUACAAGGCAGCAUCAACAAACGACGGAGGUUCCAGCAGCUCCGGUGGAGGGAACAACCCAGCAGCUGUUUAGCCUCCUCAGAAAGAGAUCACUGUUUUUGCUGACUCUUACCCCAAAUCCAGUGACAAAGAAGGGGAAGAGUCUGCUCUUGCCUGUCUGCGAAGCAGCAUCCUCGUCUCUUUUCAGCCCAAUUCGGGGCCGGUGCUUCUCGCAGAGGAAGCCAAAUGAGGAAGAGUGGAUCCAUCAUGCUCUGAACCCUGCAGUGCCCUUUCACAAUUUCUUCCAUUUUUUCACUAGCUAUAAUGCCUAUUUUUGGAUUGUGAAGAGCUUGGCUUGAUGUUGUGCUUUCUGAAAACUCCACAGUUAUCUUGUUCCAGUGUCCUGUUUGGAGCAAAGAAUACUUGAGAAAAGCUAUAAUGAAUGAGGCUCAUUUUCAGCUGAAGAAUUUUACGCCCAGCAUUGGAUGAACAAAAUAUCUGGUGAUUCAUGUUAUUUAAAUUGAUGAGGCUGCAGCUGUAAUGAGUCCCAGUCUAGGGAAAGAGCAGCAUAUUGAUCACUUUAUCCAUCAGUCAGUCGGUCGGUCAAUCAGCCAGCCAAUCAACCUUUGCAGUCAGUGGGGCUUUCUUACUUCAGGGCGUGACUGACAAGCAGAGCUAUUAUUUAGUCUAUUUUGUCUUAAGAGAUUAUGAGAAAAAAUUGUAUUUCUGAAGGGAAAAAAUGCUACUUUCACAUUAUUAGUAUACAUAUCUUUAAUAUAUUAACUCAUUUCUGGCUUUACCUGCUUGCACUUAAAUUACUAACAUUUGGGGGGAAAUAAUGAAUUCAGGGUGCCUGUGUUCUCUUGGUUGGUAAUGAACACUUUGAAAUUCCCUAUAAAAUCAAAGUCAUCAAUGAUCACUGUCCCUGAUCUGAAUUUCAAAUGUUCAAGCAAUCAUGAUCUGAUUCUUCUAGAUUGGAGCUCCUUCUUAGUGACAUAAGUAACAUAUUUUACUUGGCUUUUAUGGCUGUGGGUGUAAGAUUUCUUUUGUACAUGUACAUUAAACAGCUGGAAUAAUUGGAUUUCAAUAAAGUCUGGUGUUUCCCCA